UAUAAUAUUUCCGAAAUUGGGGAUUUUUACUUAGGGAUCCACAUAGAAAUUUUUCAGCACACAAAGAAGAUGAAAGAAUAGGGUCUCGGCUGCUGGGGUUUGAAACCAGGGGCGACGGCAGCAGGGCAGCGACGACGUCGACAAUCUCCACGGCAGGCGCGCGUACCACAAAGGAUCCUGCUGCAGACGGUGAAGUCAACUGGUGUGUUGUCGUCAACAUGUUGGAUUCCUGCUAUAGGCGUACAAAGGCGGAUAAGAAGGCAAACAUAGGCGCAUGACUCCUAGGUUCUCUCGGCUCCGACAACUAUAGCAGAGGGUCUCGACGGCGACACUGUUGCAUAUGGUCUCGGCAACAGAAAACAAACAAAGAGCAAAGGAGAAAGCAACAAUGGAGUUCUUCCCUACGAAGUGCUUUGGCUCCAAUGGUUCUACACUAAUCUCAGCCUCAACAUCUCCAUUCUCUUGAGCAUUUCACUAAAUCAAGGUCUAUAUUGAGAAAUAUUUCUUUGGCGCAAUAGUAGACAACAUUGGUAGUUGAAGUUUUUAGAAUCAAAAAUAUAUUUCACUAACUUUGUAUACAUUUCUUGUGUUAAUAUUUGGUGAUGAUAGAAUUUGACCAUAGAAUAAACUAUCAUGUAAUAUGAUUUUGAGUAAUUAAUAAAAAAUUAUUUUGUUGUAUUUUCUUUUGAAAAUUUUAGAAAUCUAACAUAUAUAAUACAUUUACGACAUUCAAAGGGAUAUAUAUAUAUUUUAAAAAGAUUUACUUUUAAGGGCAUGCAAAGUGAGUCCUAAUAUUUUAUUUUAAAGACACUCAACGGGAUCUUUGCGAGUCCUAAAAAAUUACUUAAAGGCACUCAACUAGAUUUUUUAGGACUCCCUAAAAACAUUCUUUUAGGACUCGCAAUGCAAGUCCUAAAAACUUAAUUAGAGGCAGUCAACGAGAGGUUUUAGGACUCACGUUGCUAGAAAUACCUUCACCCAGGUCGCGUAAAGAAGUUCAAAGCCUAACUGGAAAGGUGGCAGCUUUGAAUCGUUUUAUUUAAAAAUCCAUUGAUAAGUGCCUGCCGUUCUACAACUUGCUCAAAGGAAAAAAAAUAUUUGAAUGAACCGAGGAAUGCGAAUAGGCAUUCCUCGAACUAAAAAUGCUCUUGGCUGAGCCCCUACUAUUGUCUAAGCUUAUGUCUGGAGAGCCUCUAUUCCUUUAUUUGGUCGUGACAGAAAAUGCAAUCAAUGUCGUGUUAGUUCGACAAGAAGACCGUGCUAAAAAAAUAAUGUAUUAUAUAAGCAAGAGAUUUCUCGGAGCUGAAUCACGGUAUCCACUGAUAGAAAAGCUGACAUUAUGUCUGAUAUUGACUUCCAGGAUGCUCCAGCCAUAUUUCCAUUCCCAUUCAAUUAACGUCAUGACCGACCAACCUUUAAGGUAGGUGUUGCAAAAACCUGAAACGUCGGGACGUCUUUUAAAAUGGGUAGUUGAACUCAGCCAGUUCAAGAUAUUAUACGUGCCAUGGACCUCAAUGAAAAGUCAGGCCCUUGCUAAUUUUGUGGCUGAAUGCACCGAAUUUCAAGAGAAGCUUUUGAACGUACCGGUGCAAGAGGUGUGGAAAAUAUUUGUAGAUGGAUCAUCGAACGAGAACGGGUCAGGAGCUGGGAUCAUAUUAAUCUCCCUGGAAGGGAAUCAAUUCCAUACAUCUUUAAGAUUCGGAUAUGAAGUAUCUAACAACGAAGCCGAAUAUGAGGCCUUACUAGAUGGACAGAGAGUGGCGAAGGAGCUCAAAGCGAAGGUCGUCCAGUGCUAUAGCGAUUCUCAGCUUGUGGUUAAUCAGGUUAUGGGAGAGUAUCAAGCUCGAGGCACCAAGAUGGUGCCUUACCUAGCUAAGGUGAAGGGGGAGCUAUCCAAAUUUGAGUACAGUACUAUUGAACAUAUACCUCUCGAAUAGAAUUCUAAUGCUGACGCUUUGGCAAGGCUUGCCAACACCAUGGAAGCUGAGACCUUGAAUGUAGUGCCGGUAGAGUUCUUGGAGAGUCCGAGAAUGACAGAAAAAAUGGUAGAGUUUGAGAUGAUCGACACAAGAUCGACCUUGAUGACCCCCAUAAUGGAAUACCUUACAACAAGAAAGCUACCCGAGGAAAGAAAGGAUGCAAGGAAAAUACUAUAUCAAGCUCCGAGGUAUGUGAUAUUUGAUGGGAAAUUGUACCGACGUGGUCAUUCAUUGCCUCUCCAAUGAUGUUUUCUGCCCAAGGAAGCUAAAACCAUUUUGCAAGAAGUGCAUGAAGGUUUUUGUCGAGAUCAUGCUGGGGGGUAAAGCCUAGCACUGAAAAUAUUGAGGCAGGGCUAUUUUUUGCCCAAUUUAACAAAAGAUUCCAUCUCAUAUGUUCAGCAAUGCGACAAAUGUCAGCGCUUCGCCAUAGUUGCCCAAGCUGCUCCAGUCGAGCUAACGAUGAUCUCAUCCCCGUGGCCAUUUGCGAUGUGGGGAAUCGACCUAAUAGGGUCCCUACCUGUAAUGCCCCAAAAUUCCUAAUAAGGUUUAGGACCUUGAUUAGGAUGCAGGGAGGGCCAUAAUUGAUUUAUUAUGUUAUUAAAUGAUUAUAUGCAUGUUUAUGUGAAUUAUAUUAUUAUUUGAUGAUAAAUGCAUGCAUGUGGGUUUAUUUUUAAUUAUAGGGGCGUUUUUGGUAAUUUGGCCCAUUGAGGGCGUAAUUGUGUAUUUACAUGCAUGUUUGUGAAUUAUGAAUAAUACCACGUUAUAUGUGGAUUUGUUCGAGCCAUUCAGCAUGAGACGAUCUCAGAAUGCAAGUUAUCAGUCUGGUCAUAAGGGGGUUAGUUUCGGGGCUCGGGGUGAGUCUCGAGGUAAUUUUAUAAUUAGAACAUUACCGGGAAUUAAAGGGUAGUGGGAUAUGAUUUGUUAGCAUUUGAGAAUAUUGGGAAUAAUGGGAACUGGAGGGUGUUAACUAUGAUUAACGAGAUAGGCGGGAAAGGACGAUUUUUCCCUUGGUGGCUGUUAAGGGUUUUAAUUAGGCAUGAGGGAAUUUUGGUCUUUUUACCUUAAGAAUAGAUAUAAACCAUUAAGCUGCAGCAAAACAGAUCAUCUUCAUCUUUUUCUCCCGUUCAUCUUUUUCCCUCCUUUUUCCUUUGAAUUCUUUAGCUCUAUUUGAGAAACCAAGCUAAGGAAGUGGACUUUAAUGAUCUAGGGUUAUGUUCUACCAUUGAAGAGGGUGUGAUUCUGAGAUUGAGGCGAGUUUUUAACCAUUAAAACUCUUGUUCUUGCUCUGCUUUUCUAUUUGAGUUUCAACUGGAUUUUGAGUUGGAUAAUGGGAAUUGAUGGGAAUUUUUGGCUAAGGUUACUUGGGUUAUGAUGCCUAGGGCUUGUGUAUAUGAUAUUUGGGUUCAUUUGGGGGUUUGGAAGAAGUUUGGAAGCUGGUUUUUCAGGUUGGAAAUGGAGGACUCGAAGGAGGGAAAAACUAGGGUUGAAAACCCUGGUUGUAGCGCUAUAGUGCCCAUCAAUGGGUGCUACAGCGCUAGCCAAGGAGUGUUUCACUAUGCCAAGGCGUUGGGGCGCUAGGGGGGUAGCGCUACCCUGCUUUUCUAGAUUCCUAUUUUAGGCACUUUUGAGGGUUUUUGGCUCAGGCUUUCAAUUCCUAAGGCACGAGAUCGAAUCUACUCACCGUUUGGGUACAAUUCGGAGUCCCGAGAGUGAGGUUUAGGUCAAGACCCUUUCAUUGUUGAUUUUCAUUAAUAGAUGUUAUAUUUGGUUAUGACUAGGUGACCGCUAAGGGAUUAAAGGAUCGAUCGUUCUCAAGGGUUGUUCAAUUGUUAUUUCUCGCUCGAACCAGAGGUAAGAAAACUGCACCCAGUAUGUGAUGCAUGAGAAACAUGUGAUUAGGGCAUGCCAUGAAUGUUGGAUAUGAGAUUGAUUAGAGCUUGAGUAUCUGUGUUUGUGCAUGAUCGUAAUUUUGCUAGCAAUUGCAAAGUAAGCAUGAUGAAUGCCCUACAUUUGGAUAUUUGACAUAUGAUAUAUGCCUGGUUGCAUUGCUUACUUGUGCAUGGCACUGACCCAUGAGUCAGAAAUCGGCAAUGGUGUCGGUAUUAAUUGUGAAGUUGUGACUCACUAGUCAAGUUCAGCAAUAGUACUGAGCACUGGUCGUAUAGUAUUGGCUUAAGAGUCAAGAACGGUCUUAGUGUGUUUAACUCAAGCCAAAAAGAUUAGAUCUAAUCGACAUCAGCUUUGAAUGACUCAUCAUGAGCAUUAAUGCAGAACCGACCUCAAGUUCAAUGAAAACUAAAAGCGCUUGUCUAGCCUAUUGCUAGUCACUUAGAGCCACGACUAGAAGGCCCAUGUGACUGCAUCGUCACAUGGCUAUGGGCUUCAAGCCCCAACAUGGUUAUCAGAACCUCAAGCGUUAAAUCAGUCAUCUGACUAGGGCUAUACACCCCAGCAUGGUUAUCAGAACCUCAAGUGUUAAAUCAGUCAUCUAAUUAGGGCUAUAAGCCCCGACAUGGUUAACAGAACCUCAAAGUGUUAAAUCACUCGUCUUAUUAGGCUUGACUUGAUAGUUAUCCAUUCAGGAGGAUAGGAUCCCCCAUCAUUAUUUGAACCUAUUUGCAUGCAUGAAUAGGGUUGUUAUUGCUAGGCAUGCACGUUAUGAAUUAGUAACAUGUUAUUACUGUUCAUGAGCAUAUUGAGUGUGGAUGCUCAAAUUUCACCAAGGGCAAAUAUGGAGGUUUACCCUCAUUAGCCUCAGGCAAUCCGAGCAACCCAAUAUUUUCCCCACGACACAUGUCUCAUAGCAGGCCUUAAUGAAGAUGCCUCGAGAGCCAUGCCACAUGAGGCCCCCGGCUCACCUCGUCCGCGCGCACCUGAGCGGUCACGCGAGGUCCAGCCUCGUCUCGACCCUGCGCGCCGAACGCACACGCGAGUCCCCCGCCUCACCUCGUCUGCGCGCACCCGAGGGGUCUCGCGAGGCCUAGCCUCGUCUUGACCCUACGCACUCGAACCGCACACGCGAGGCCCCCGCAUCGCCUCGUCUGUGCGCACCUGAGGGGUCACGUGAGGCCCAGCCUCCUCUCGACCCUGCGCACCGAGCCACACACGCGAGGCCCCCGCCUCACCUCGUCCACCCGAGGGGUCAUGCGACGCCCCGUCUCGUCUCGAACCUGCGCGCCCGAGCGGCACACGCGAGGCCCCCCCGCCUUGCCUCGUUCGCGUGCACCCGAGGGGUCACGCGAGGCCCAGCCUCGUCUCGACCCUGGACGGCCGAGCCGCACACGCGAGGCCCCCACCUUGCCUCGUUCAUGCGCAUCUGAGGGGUCACGCGAGGCCCAGCCUCGUCUCGUCUCGACCAUAUGCGCCCGAGCCUCAAACGCGAGGCCCCAUCCCGCACACGCCAUGCCGCACCAACAGGAGCCCCCGUGCGUGCCGAGGAUGCCCUUAGGGGCCUCGCGUGAGAUGGCCUCACUUUGACCACGUGCCUGGGCACCUCGCGGGACCUCUCACAUCUAGCCCCUUUAGCCCAGCAAGUAAAGUUUAACUCCCAAACAUAUCUUUUCUCGUCAAUAAGCACUCUGGUGCUUAGAUAGACACAAAGGAGCUAGAUUGACAGGCACACCUUCGGAGGGUGAGAGUACCCACUAGUUGCAGGGUACACGCAUGAAUAUGGAAUAUACCUACAAAGCUGGAGGGGUCAGAGUACAAAUACGGUACCCUCGCCAGACAAGUAGUGGGAGCACCAGGAGAGGGGGCAUAGCAUACGUGUCUAUGGCCAGAUGUCAGAGUUGACACCACCACCUGCACCACUCCUCUGACAUUCGUACGAAGCAAGUAGUGGGGACAUCCUCAUGGUACCUGGCCACGUACCGGAACCAACACCACUACCCCUGAAACCACUCUCCUGACAGUGUACUUGUGUACCACCUGGUCCCCUGGACCACAAUGUAUCAGGGGCCACUAGAGCCCACUAUAAAAGCAACUCCACUUCCACUUGGAAGGGGGUUGUUGGAAAAAUUACUGUAGCAUUGCACCAUAGUCCAUACAAACUGAGUUCACCAUUUUUCUUCUACAAUUAUUCUUGGAGUUUCUACUUAGAUUUCUAAAGUUUUUCUUUUGAUAAUCUCCACGUUUCUAUUUUUCUAACUUGACUUAGAUGACGAGUUCUCACCGUCAAUAGUUUGGCGCCGUCUGUGGGAAGAAUAGAUUGCCAGUCACUGUUGUUCCGUCGAUUCCGAUAAGAAAAAAAUUCCUCGACGUUCGAAACGGUUGAGAGAGCUGCGCAAGGUGGAAGUCCACCUUGACAGAGAUCAGCUAAAAGCCUCCAUGAGGGAUCCUCCUCCACAUGCAAACAUGGAGGCCCCAAGGGAGCCUGAGGCACAUAGAGACGAAAGGGAGGCCUCGUCCCCAGAAGUCCCACCUUAGGAGGAUCGCCCAAGGUCGGCAACCGCCCCGGCUAGGGGCGCCGAUGAGUUCCUGCCUCCAAAAUCGCCGCAGGUGCAAAACCACGGUCGGCAGUAUCCAGGCCCAUCAAAGCGCCUGGCUGACAAGCACCCUCGGGUCCACCCCGUGAGCUCUAGUUCUAAGUCUCAAUUCUACGAAGAUGAGAUACGAGAACUUCAUCGUAAGAAUCAGAGGCUAGAAACCACCUUGGAGAACAUGCAAGAGGUGCUAAAUGGCCUGUUGCAAUGGAGAUCACACGUGACACUCCCUAAGCAGAAAGAGAGAGGCCAGGGGGGAGUAAAAACCACCGUCCCAGUAGAUGAUGGAUGGACCCGACUCUCCACUAGUAACACCCCCUGGACGAAGCAGUAUGAACGUCCCGGACCACUGAAGCAGCCCCACGGGCCAGGGCCGAAGACCAAUGCUGCCCCUCGUAACGAUGAAGAGGUCACCUCAAAGAGAGCACCCUCAGAGCUACGAGAAGAGCUCAAAAAAAAGAGGGCGGGUAAAAGGGCCACACCCCCUAACCCGUUUGCUUUGAGGGACUCCCUAAGCAAGAGAAGGCAAGACCUGGACACAGAAAUGAGGAGCCUGCGAAGCAAAAUUGUCACCGCCUCCAAAGGUCAAGCCUUUGAGGAAGAGUUCGAUCAUGAGUCACCCUUCAUCAAGGAGAUCCAAGCCAUCCGGCUCCCAAACAACUUUAAGGAGCCCUAUAUGACCCCCUAUAAUGGAAGCACAGAUCCAAAAUACCAUCUAGAUACAUUUAAUGACCUGAUGAAGCUGAGGGGAAUUGGAAGCGGGGCGAGAUGUCAUUGCUUCGCUGUCACAUUAAAAGGACCUGCGUACAAAUGGUUCAAAACACUUAGACCGGGGUCCAUCAGAUCUUGGCAACAGCUUUCGGAUGAAUUCCUUCAACAGCACCACAUCGUGCGAGACUACACGAUGCCAGGCACCAGCCUCACAAAUGUGAAGCAAGGAGAAAAUGAGAGUCUGAAGAGCUAUAUUCACAGGUUUAAUAUGGAGGCAGCUAAAUUAGGGAGCUUGACCCGCCGAGAGCUAAAAAUGGCCAUCACAGCUGGAGUACGCCCAGGAAGCAAGUUAUGGGAUAACAUGCUCAAGAGGGAGGUCACAGACUUUGAUGAUUUCUACGAGCGGGCACAAAAAUACAUUCGUGUGGAGGAUGGUCACGAGAACCUCAAAGCUGGAAAAGGCCCGUCGCCCCCGAAACCUUCAGUCCGAGAAAACCAAAGCGGUGCAAAGAAGAAGGGGGUUUAUGAGGGAACGAGAGAUGAUCGACCCCGGAAGCAUCAACACUCUGAUGAGCGUCUACAGGGCCCCUACACCUUUUACACUAACCUCACCCAUGCCAGAGAGCAUAUUUUCAUUACGAAUGAAAACCAGGUCCCUUUCAAAAGGCCCCCGCCAAUGAAAUAAGAUCGUUCUAAAAGAGACCCCAGCAAGUAUUGCCAGCAUCACAAGGAAAUCGGCCACACCACUGCGAAAUGCAACCAUUUGAAGGUGGAAAUCAAGGAGCUCAUCCGCAGGGGACAUUUGGGCAGAUAUGUUCGCAAGGAGAACCAGAGGCCAGAAGAAGGAGCGUCCCCACCGCGGGUGCGAAAGGUGGCCCCAGAAGUACAGGGAGAGGUCAUGACCAUCUUUGGAGGUCCAGGAUUCGGAGGCGAUUCAAGGAAGGGACGAGACAAAUAUGCCAAGGAGGCCAGACGAAGUCCACCACCGUGCGUCUUAAGUUUGGAGCAACGCCCCCCGAAGUGAUUCAAGGGCGAGAAUGACUCAAUAAUUUUCAUUGAAGAAUACGCGCAGGGGAUACAUUUCCCUCAUAAUGACCCCCUGGUGCUAACUGUCCAGCUUGCGAACAUGAGAGUACAUCGGGUCCUAGUGGAUAAUGGAAGUUCUGUAGACAUCCUGCAUCGCCCCACUUUGGAGAAGAUGGGACUGAGCGUCCGACACCGGAAACCCUACAAUUCCUCCCUUUACGGGUUCACAGGGGACUCGAUACAGCCCCUAGGUGCAAUUGAAUUAGCCCUCACCAUGGGGGAAAAACCUAGGCAAACCACCAUAAUGGAAAACUUUGUUGUGGUGGAUUGCACCUCAGCCUUCAACGCAAUAUUAGGGAGACCCUCUAUGAGAAAAUUGAAGGCGAUAACUUUUGUGUAUCACCUAGCUAUGAAAUUCCCAACCCUUGGGGGAGUAGCAUGCAUGAAAGGGGAACUGAAGGAAGCGAGGGAAUACUAUAACAUGUCCCUCCGCACAGCCACAAAACCAUCGGUGCCGAUGGCAAUGGUUGUGUAUAAAGGCGCGACCCACACGAGUUGGACCCACAAGUUACGGAACACCUGGAGAAAUGCUACCAGUGAGGCUUCGGCACCCGGUGCAAAGAGGACCUAUGUUUAGUUUGUUCCUUGUUAUGUUAGCUUAGUGAGUAAGAAUCAAAGAGGCUACCUAGGUAACCUCCCAAUUAGAUGUAACCCUUUUUUAUAUAUGCCAUUGUAAACCACAUGCUAUGAAUGAAACUGUUCGCAACUUAACGUGUUAUUUUUCUUCUCUAUGCGAGCAUCAGCCAAAGUGCCUGCCGAAAUAAAUUUCACCAAACACUUGGGGGGCAGAACAGGAGGCAAAAACAUACAGCAAGCAAGAAAGGACCCUCUAACAGGAGGAACCUAAAAAGGACUCCUAAAAGGGAGGAUCCUAAAAAGGACCCUCUUAUAGGAGGAACCUACAAAGGACUCCUAAAAAGGAGGAUCCUAAAAAGGACCCUUUAACAGGAGGAACCUAAAAAGGACUCCUAAAAAGGAGGAUCCUAAAAAGGACCCUCUAACAAGAGGAUCCUAAAAAGGAACCCUUGCACCAGGAUCCUAAAAAGGACCCUCUAACAAGAGGAUCCUAAAAAGGACCCCUUGCACCAGGAUCCUAAAAAGGACCCUCUAUCAGGAGGACCCUAAAAGGGACCCUCUGUCAGGAGGAUCCUAAAAAGGGCCCUCUAACAGGAGGAUCCUAAAAAGGACUCCUUGCAUCAGAGCCUUAAACAAAAUUCUUUAAAAGAGGAAUUCAAUUCGCGGUGAACUCUAACAAACAGGGAGAGGACCUUGCAAGGCAUCUCUAGGGUUCACAAGGAUUAGCUACCCUUAUGAACAUCAAGGAGGCCAAAAGGUCUUACAAAAAAAAAAAAAAAACACACUUCCAAGUAAAGGCAGAUGCUCCCAUAAGAGGAAAGACCUUAGAAAGAGCACCCACCAAUAAGCCUAGAGCGGCCACCAAGUCGUCUAGCCAAAAGGGGUCCUAAAAGAGACCCUUGCAAAAAUAGUACUAUGAAUAAUGAUGAGAAGGACGCUUCUCGCAAAAAAUAAUAAGUGCGCGCAAAAAUAUAUAAAAGGAUAGCUAGAACCCAAGGGGUGAAAAUAUCCUUAUAGAAACUGUCAAGGGGCACCAAAAAAGGGCCCAUUGAACCCUUUCACAUGGGCUCCAAAGGACCUCUAGCCUGAUAAAUAAAAGAGGGGAACCUACCAAACCCCAUCAUAUAGGCUCAAAAAAAAAAACCUCAAACACAAAUGAAUAAGAGAUGAAUAACCACACAUGUAUAUAUUAAAAAAGGAGUUUUGGUAACAUGGCAAGAUUUACAAGAAAAAAAAUAAUAAUAUUACAAAGGUUCAAAAUGAGCAUACACCCACAGCGGGAUAGUUUACAGAAAUGAUGAAAUGACAACCUCAGGGCCUCCUCCCAUGGGCGCUCCACCCAGCCGCCCGAGCAACGGCGUGCUCGCCGAAAGAAGAAAAAUCAAAGUUGGGAUCCUGCCUCCACACGCCGUAAAGGGCGCGCUCUAUGGACCUGUACUCAAUAGUUGUCCUAUCCGCCUCUAAGGAAGCAAAUCUCUCCUGCGACGCGGCUACAUCGGCCCUAGGAACCUCGAGUUUGGCCUUUAAGGAAGCGACUCUUUCCUGCGAAGCAGCCGCAGUAGCCUUGGUACCCUGGAGUUCGCCCUCGAGGCUGGUGACUUUUUCCUGCAGCAUCAUUUCUUUGGAAACCGCCUUCUUCUUCCUUUUUGACGAGACAACAAGUUUUGCCUGAGCCUUUUUUAGCUUAGACUUGGUUUCACCAAGCUCUCUCUCGAGCUCCUGGACCCGGGCCGUAAGGCGGUCCCUCUCGGUACUCGACGAAGAAAGAUUGUGGGCCGAGUCGGCAAACCACUGAGCCACAGUAUUGGCUUGCACAAGAAAGUUAACAACAAUAAUGAUAAGUAACAAAAAAAAAUGUGUGUAUAUAUAUCUAUAUAUAAUAAGGCCGACACAAGAUGCAUGAACUCACCCAUGCAGUAGUGCGCCUUAGAGUCUCCCCAAGGUCCGACAGGGCAAAACUCCCAAGACCAUUCCAGUUAGAUUCAGGGAGGUCUGAGGUGAUUUGGACGUACCGCCGCCCGUAAGAGGCGGCCAUGCGAGUCACCUAGGGCCCCCCUUCCUAGUCAAGGGCACCUGGCUGGGUAAGGACAGACGACCCGCUCGCCGAAACGGAAGGGGGCGCAGGAAAAUUGAAAAAGUGAGGCCCCGGUAGAUCAGAAAGGGGUGCAGGAAGAUUGGAAAAGUAAGCCCCUGAUGGACCAGGGUCGAGGGGAGCCUGAGGGAAAGCGUCAAAGUCCUCAGGGUCGGGGCAAACAAAAUGCCAUGGAAUGGUAUGCUGGCCUUGGGAGUGGGAGGCUAUGUCCGGGUCGAAAGAGACAAAGGGAGGACAUUCCCCAGGAGACGAGGACAGCUGGUGAGGUCCCCUGCGUCCAAGGAAGGCUUCCUCCGACACAUCCUCAGCCUCACCUUCAUCCGGGCAAGGCUCAGCCGAUGCCGCCUUCAUCUUCUUUGACCCAGGGAUGGUCCACAACAACCUGGGAUCUAAAACUGGGGACAGCUUGUGGAGGUUCAAAUUUUCCAUAGUGAAUAGGUACACAGCCUUUUUCAUAGCGAGGUCAGCGUUAAUAAAAUUAUUCACAGUGUCCGCUUUUGACUCAACAACUUCGGGUGCGGCGAAUUGCUCUGCAUAAUCCACAACAUUGUCAAGACAAACAUAAAUUGUAAAACAAUAAGUUUCACCAAAAAAAAAAGAGAGAGAGAAAUAAAGGUAGCUCGAGGUACUUACUGGGAGCGGAACGAAAAUGAUCUCGAACAGAAAGAGGGCCUUUCACGAAGAAAAAGUCCUACUUCCAGGACCCCGGAUUGGACACCGAGCCGUCUACCAAAGGGACUUCGCUGUUGGCUUUUUGCAGGAAGUAGAAGCCCUUGGAUCUGGGAGAGGGCAUGAGGUUCUACAGGAAGUGCACCUCUAGUGCCAUAGGAGCACGUUUGACAAGUUUCGCAAACGCGAUGAAGAGGCAGCUCAACAUCAGCCAACUGUUGGGCGCCAGCUGAAGUGGAGCAAGGUCGAAGUAGGUGAGGACCGUGAUGAAGAACGUGUGUAAUGGGAUGGUACCACCCGCCUUCAGGAUAUGCUCACUGAGGGCCACGAAGCUGGGACUAGGACAGUCAGCCCGGCAAUUGCCUGUUGGGGUGUAUAAGGCAUACUCCGGAGGAACGUGGUAGUGAUCUACAAUUUCCCUCAAUUUGUUCUCGGAGACGUGGGACACCAGGGUCAAUGCCAAUAGGCGGGCGUCAUCCCAAUCAUUAAUGGUCACCUGUCAUCGUCCACCUUUGGCCAUAUCUGCAAAACCAAAAGAAAAAGGUGAGGAAGAGACAGAACACUUGAUCCUCUAUUUUCUCUUCCUAGCAAGAGUCUUCCACCGGGGCACCGGCUGCGGAAGCGCUAAGCUAGGGAAGACCGAAAGUAAGGGUUGAAGAGAAGCGGAAGCGACCCCAUGACAGUCGUCAGGCAAGGAUGGGCUGGAAGGCUCAGGUGGAAGAUGUCUCUCCAUAAACUCCAACUCCCCCUACAAAUCUAAAAGGGUCACCCUAAGGCUCGCUACAUGGUCACUAAGGUCAGGGGGGAAAGGUGCUCCGUCUCCUCCCAACAUCGAGUCUAUUUCACUCUCCACCACCCAAAUUUUAUGCUUAAUUCAGCCACGUGCUUAAGAUGAUGGAUACGGGCCUGCCUUGAGGAGUCAUAGUCUUGGUAAGGGUUUUCCUCAGGGGACUCUGAGUCUGAAGACAAGUCAACAAACUCAACCCCCGGAGGUAUGCUGAACGGACCGUCACUGGCCAUGAGACCUCGUCCCAAAAGCAAAAAGGGGUUCACAUAUAAAUGAGAGGAUUACUACAAAACACAGAGGAAUGGGCUUAAAACCUCUAGAUACAAACGCCCUAAAUGAUCCACUACAGGGUAUAAACAAGGGGGCAUGCAACUGGGUUAACUCACGGCAAGCUCCGACCAAAGUACCCCGUCCCGAGUAAUGCUAAUUUGGACCCAAUGAACAUAAGGGAAAAAGAAAAUAUACCUCAAGUAGGUAAAAUGGGGCACUGUCGUGGUGAAAAGGAGGUCGAGGGCCAAAAGCACCGUCACGGUCAAAUAGAGGCAAGUGGUCGAAAUUACGCGUCUGCAAAAAUAAGUAGAAAAGAUGUGUUAGCCUUCUAAUAUAUGAAGGGACAUAAAUAGACCAAAAAUUAGCUCAUAUAUAUAUAAAAAAAAUGGAGGAAAUUAUAGCAAAAGUGAGGAUGUGGGGGAUUGAACCACUUACCUCUUCGAAGAAGAAGGAAUCUCAAAACCACUAAGCUAAGGAAGUAAGGUGUAAAUAAUAAGCCUUGCAUGAAGGCCUAUUUAUAAGAAUUAGAGAGAAGAGUCUACCAAAGCACCUAAAGGUCCUCUCCUAGACUGGGGGGUAAGUGUGGAUGCUCAAAUUCCACCAAGGGAAAAUAUGGAGGUUUACCCUCAUUAGCCUCAGGCAAUCUGAGCAACCCAAUAUUUUCCCCCAGACCCAUGUCUCAUAGGAGGCCUUAAUGAAGAUGCCCCGAGAGCCAUGCCACGUGAGGCCCCCACCUCACCUCAUCCGCGCGGACCUGAGCGGUAAUGCGAGGCCCAGCCUCGUCUCGACCCUGCGCGCCGAGUUGCACACGCAAGGCCCCCGCCUCGCCUCGUCCGCGUACACCCGAGGGGUUACGCCAGACCCAGCCUCGUCUCGACCCAGCGCGCCUGAGCCGCACACGCGAGGCCCCCGCGUCUCCUCAUCCACGCGCACCUGAGGGGUCAUGCGAGGCCCAGCCUCGUCUCGACCCUGGGCACCGAGCCGGACACGCGAGGCCCCCGCCUCGCCUCGUCCGUGCGCACCCGAGGUGUCACGCAGGGCCUAGCCUCGUGUCGACCCUGCGUGCCCGAGUCGCACACACGAGGCCCCCCCGCCUCGCCUCAUCCGCGUGCACCCGAGGGGUCACGCGAGGCCUAGCCUCGUCUCGACCCUACGCGCCCGAGCCGCACACGCAAGGCCCCCGCCUCCCCUCGUCCGCGCGCACUUGAGGGGUCACUCGAGGCCCAGCCUCGUCUCCACCCUACGCGCCUGAGCCUCGCACGCGAGGCCCCGUCCCGUACACGCCAUGUCGUACCAACAGGAGCCCCCGUACGUGCCGAGAAUGCCCUUAAGGGUCUCGAGUGAGAUGGCCUCGCUUUGACCACGUGCCUAGGCACCUCGCGGGACCUCUCACAUCUAGCCCCUUUAGCCCAGCAAGCAAAGUUUAACUCCCACACAUAUCUUUUCUCAUUAAUAAGCACUCUGGUGCUUAGAUAGACACAAAGGAGCUAGAUUGACAGGCACACCUUCGGAAGGUGAGAGUACCCAUUAGUUGCAGGGUACACGCAUGAAUAUGGAAUGUACCUGCGAACCUGGAGGAGUCAGAGUACGAAUACGGUACCCCCGUCAGACAAGUAGUGGGAGCACUAGGAGAGGGGGCAUAGCAUACGUGUCUAUGGCCAGAUGUCAGAGUCGACACCACCACCUACACCACUCCUCUGACAUUCGUACGAAGCAAGUAGUGGGGACAUCCUCAUUGUACCUGGCUACGUACCGGAACCAACAUCACUACCCCUGAAACCACUCUCCUGACAGUGUACUUGUGUACCACCUGGUCCCCUGGACCACAAUAUAUCAGGGGCCAUUAGAGCUCACUAUAAAAGCAACUCCACUUCCACUUGGAAGGGGGUUGUUGGAAAAAUUACUAUAGCAUUGCACCAAAAUCAAUACAAACUGAGUUCACCAUUUUUCUUUUGCAAUUAUUCUUGGAGUUUCUACUUAGAUUUCUAAAGUUUUUCUUUUUAUAAUCUCUACGUUUCUAUUUUUCUAACUUGACUUAGUUAACGAGUUCUCACCAUCAACAUUGAGUUUUCUUGCUAGGCUUUGGC